CGGGGUCGCGGCAGGACGGGCCCGGGCUGCAGCUAUGAAGCGGGACGUGCGCAUCUUGCUGCUGGGAGAGGCUCAGGUGGGGAAAACGUCGCUGAUCCUGUCGCUGGUGGGCGAGGAGUUCCCGCAGGAGGUCCCCGCCCGUGCGGAGGAGAUCACUAUACCCGCAGACGUGACCCCAGAGAAAGUGCCCACGCACAUCGUGGACUACUCAGAGGCCGAGCAGACGGAUGAGGAGUUGCAGGAAGAGAUCCACAAGGCCAACGUGGUGUGUGUGGUAUACGAUGUCUCGGAGGAGACCACCAUUGAGAAGAUCAGAACCAAGUGGAUCCCGCUGGUGAAUGGAAAGGCGGAGCAGGAGCCCAGGAUCCCCAUCAUCCUGGUGGGCAACAAGUCAGACCUGCGGCCGGGGGGUUCCAUGGAGGCCGUACUGCCCAUCAUGAGCCAGUUCCCAGAGAUUGAGACCUGUGUAGAGUGCUCAGCCAAGAACUUGAGGAAUAUCUCAGAACUGUUCUACUACGCACAGAAGGCAGUGCUGCACCCCACGGCCCCACUAUACGACCCAGUGGUCAAACAGUUACGACCGGCGUGUGCCCAAGCCCUCACUCGCAUCUUCAGGCUCUGGGACCAGGACCUGGACCAGUCACUCAGUGAUGAACAGCUAAACGCCUUCCAGAAAGCCUGCUUUGGGCACCCGCUGGCCCCCCAGGCCCUGGAGGAUGUGAAGAUGGUGGUGAGCAAGAAUGUCACUGGCGGUGUUCGGGACAACAGGCUGACCCUGGAGGGCUUCCUCUUCCUGAACACUCUCUUCAUCCAGCGUGGCCGUCAUGAGACCACUUGGGCCAUCCUACGGCGCUUUGGCUAUGGGGACACACUUGAGCUCACGCAGGACUACCUCUACCCCCAGCUCACCGUCACCCCUGGCUGCAGCACGGAGCUCAACCACCUAGGCCAGCAGUUCCUGCAGAGAGUGUUUGAGAAGCACGACCAGGACUGUGAUGGUGCCCUCUCGCCAGAGGAGCUGCACAACCUCUUCCGAGUGUUUCCAGCAGCCCCCUGGGGCCCCGAGUUGGCGUGCACGGUGGGCACCGGGCCCAGGGGCCACUUGUCCCUACACAGCUUCCUCUGCCAGUGGACCCUGGUGACCUACCUGGAUGUCCGGCGCUGCCUCGGACACCUUGCUUACCUGGGCUACCCUGCCCUCUCUGAGCAGAAGUCCCAGGUCCAUGCCAUCACAGUCACCCGUGAGAAGCGGCUAGACCAGGAGAAGGGGCAGACGCAGAGGCACGUGCUCCUGUGUGAAGUGGUGGGGGCACGUGGGGCGGGCAAGUCUGCCUUCCUGCAGGCCUUCAUCGGCCGGAGCCUGGAGCACCAGGCGCCUCCUGGGGAACCCUCCGUCCAUGCCAUCAACACGGUGCAGGUCAAUGGGCAGGAGAAGUACCUCAUACUUCAGGAGGUGAGUGCCGAGAGCCUGUUGGACGCGCCAUCGGCCACCGCCUGUGACGUUGCCUGCCUGCUGUUCGACCGCAGUGACCCUGCAUCCUUUGAGUUCUGCGCCAGGGUCUAUAAGCAGCGAUACCUGGACGAGCAGACCCCCUGCCUGCUUGUCUCCUCCAAGGCUGACCUACCUGAAGGCGUGGGGCUACCUGGCACAUCCCCGGCUGACUUCUGCCGCCGCCAUCGGCUGCCCGCCCCUGUGCAGUUCAGUGCUGGCUCAACUGCCCCCGGCACCGCCAUCUUCAGCCAGCUGGCCACCAUGGCCACUUUCCCACACCUGGCCCACACAGAGCUACACACAUCCUCCUGGCUGAGGCUGGUGCUGGGGGCCGCCGGGGCUGCGCUGGCCGCCAUGCUCAGCUUCUCCCUGUACAGGGCCCUGGUGAGGAGCCGGUGAGGCCAGUCAGAAGCUGUCCUGCCUGGCCAUGCUGUCGGAGGCAGGACCCCUGAGUUACUGCACAGUCCCUGCCAAGGGGCUUCCUCCACAUGAACCCCCCUUCCAAGGACUGCGACCGCCCUGCUGCCACAGCACCCACCAACCACUGACAGGCCUCAUGGGGGCUGGGGGCUGGGGGCACGGGUGAGAAGCUGGUGACCCCAGACCCGGAAUUCUCAGGGCCUCAUCCUUUUCUUCCUGGCCCCUGGCCCUGGAGGUCACUGGCUGUGAGGGGUCAGCAGGAGGGGAAACAGGAAAUGUUGGGGUUUGGUGGCCCCCCAAGCACGAGAUGGGCUUUCGGAUUAAACUUUAUGGUCUUGACACCUCUUGGAA